AUGCAAGCAUUUGUUGCUGCUGCUGCCGCCAACCCUCAACAGCAACAACAACAACGCGGACCAUUAACCAGGAGUAGAGAUCAACUUUUGGAUGCAUUCUGCAAACGUCGUCCUCCGAUCUUUUAUGGGGAAGCAAACCCUAGCGCUGCAGAAGCAUGGAUCAAACAAAUCUCUAAGUACCUGGAAAUGUUCGAAAACCUUUUCCUUGAAAAAUACUUUCCAGCACCUGUGAAACAAGCCAUGGCUCAAGAAUUUAUGGACUUGAAGCAGCGUUCCCUAACAGUAACCCAAUAUGCUGCCCGUUUUGAAGAACUGGCACGUCAUGCCAGUACCGUAGUACCCACUGAUGUUGCAAAAGCUAGGAAGUUUGAAUGGGGUCUGUCCCGCUCUAUUCGUACUAGUGUGGUCUCUCAUGAGUACCCCACCUACGCACAGGAAGGUCAUUUCAAGAACAACUGCCUAAAGCUUGCUGGAUUGGGAAAUUUUGGGCAAGGGGGACAACAGCAAUUUCAAGCACGGUCGUCAGGGUUUGGGAACCAGAAUCCGGCAGACAGAACAAGCCAACAGGAGGCAAAAGUCUUUGCUUUACAAGGCACUGAGCAAGAUACUGAGGAGGAGAAUGACCCGUCAGUGAUACAAGGUACUCUUAUACUAUAUAGUACUUGUGUUCAAGCAUUAUUCGAUUCAGGAGCUUCGCACUCUUUCAUAUCUAUUGCAUGCGUCUCUGCUCUUGGACUAGAAAUAGAACCUCUAGGGACAACAAUGCAUGUAACCUCUCCAUUAGGGGGUAAAAUUUCUGUGGGAUUAAUCUGUAAGGGGUGUGAAUUAGAAGUAUCUAACCUGAGAUUAACUGUCGACCUACAAGUAAUCGACAUGACAGACUUUGAUGUCAUACUUGGAAUGGACUGGCUAUCUGCGCAUCACGCUGUCGUAGACUGCCAUCGGAAGAUGGUGACAGUGUAUUUAUUAGACGGUACGUCUCUCAAAUUUAAGGGGGAUAGACAAUACCCCUCCGCAACAACCCCACACCGAUCGAGGUGGCAUGAUAAGCUUUCAGGUUGGCUUGCAAGCGUCAAGCUAGAGGAGAUAGAUCGUAUGGAACUCGGUCUUCUUCACAUUGUGUGCGAGUACGAUGGCGUAUUUCCUGAGGAACUACCUGGACUACUGCCACAUCGAGACUUAGAUUUCACGAUCGAGUUGCAACCAGGCACGGCACCAAUAUCCAUGGCACCAUACAGAAUGGCACCAGCAGAACUACGGGAGUUGAAGACUCAGUUACAAGAACUGAUGGACAAGGGUUUUAUCUGA